AUCGUUCCAGUCAUACAACUUAACUCGGUGUGUGAGGUCCGGUAGCUGUGAAGAUAUAUUUCUUUCUGGUAAAUACGAAGACAACAGGAAUUAAGAAUUUGUUGACCAAAAGGAGAAAGGAAGAUGAAAAUAAAUAUUCUUUUGUUUUCCUUGUGCAUAUUCCAGUGCGAUGGAGAAAAUUACUUUGGGAACAUGGACACGAAAGAAAACUGGAUCGCGAGACUUUACAAGGACAAACUCCAAAGUUACAGCAAGGCCUCAAGACCUGUCCUUGACCCAAGCCACAACACGACUGUCCACUUUGGAAUGGCUUUGAAUAAAGUUAAUGUGGAUGACCAUGCCCAGACCUUAUCUGUCAACGCUUGGUCUAUCAUGUCAUGGCGCGACGAGCACCUCCGAUGGGACCCAAAGGAAUACAUGAACAUUGACCAAAUGCAUUUUGAUGAGCAGGAUAUAUGGGUGCCUGACAUCAAGGUCUUUAACACAGACGAGUCCUCCGAUGUUCACCCCUUCGGCGAAGUCCCAAUCCUCGUUGACCAUGACGGCAGGACGCACUGGUUCCCUCCUACGCACAUCCGGGUUCCUUGUGACCUCGACCUGUCCUCAUGGCCAAGCGAUGAGCAUGAGUGUGUCAUAAGGAUGGGGUCCUGGACGCAUCGCGGGGAACAACUUGACACGCAACUCUUGAAGCAUAAUGGGACAGCUGUUUCGUUAGACGUGUACGAGAAGAACAACCGCUGGGAGUUGGUGAAAGUAGAAGGCAAGAGGCAAGAGAUAACACUAAACGACGAAGACACUUAUUACGAAAUCGAUUUCCACUUUACUCUGAGGAGAAGAGCUCGCACCCAAGCCAUUUACAUCACGCAGUCCACUCUAGCCAUGGUUGUGGUAGUGCUGGCGUCCUACUGCCUGCCUCUCCGCUUAUAUCACACCCGGAUCGUCAUGCACCUGUUUCCUCUCGCCGUCCUCAUCGGGUGUUUCUUCACGCUCUUUACUGUGCUGCCAGCCAAUGGGGGCCCCGUCCCGCUCAUAGUUCGCUAUUAUUCCGGCACAAUCGUCCUCACAAGCAUCUCCCUCUUGUCUACUAUCUUCCUUACUACGCAGGCCUGUUGCUUCUCCUCUUCGUAUUCUUCGUCUUCCAAGAGGCUAGCAGGAAUUGUGGCUUCCACGCCUGGCCUCAGGAAUGUCAUCCACGGGACCUACAACCAGCUCGACUCAGAGCUGGGCGAGGAGCUGGAGGAGACUCGGGCUCAGCCCUCGACGUCCCAGCAGCCCAGCACAGCCACAGACGGCGGCCAGAGCGGCAUCGCGGCGCACACCGUCCGCAGGAUCAUCAACUUCCUUCUGUUCUUGCUCUUCACCAUAGCCUUCUGCGUGGACUACACGGUGUUGCGUAGUGUGGCAUAAGUGAGGACGUGGGGGAAGAAGGCAAGGGGAGGAAAUAGUGAUAGGAAGAGGCAGACAGAUAGCAAGGGCGGGAUAAGGGAAGAGAAUUAUGAUAUACAGGGAGAGAACGAGAGAGACACACAUACACAAACAAAUACAAAACAGAUGCUGAAGUUAAAUAGAUUUUUAUGUUGAUAGACAUUAUGUUGUAAGCUAUUAGAACGAAAGUAAAAGAUUAAAUAAUGUGCUUACAUUUUGAAAGAAUAAGUGCAAUAAACACACACACACAUCUAUAUAUAUGCAUAUA